AUCAAGACCGGCGCGCGUUGAUCGGCAACGAGAGAAGAAGUCGGCGAGUUUUGACCGUUGAUGGUGACGGCUGCUGGCCAUUGAAGACCGCCAUUCACUCCCUGGUCUGCCUUGCAUUAACUCUCUAUUAACUUCCUGGGCAAUUGUGCGCCUGCCUUCUUCCAAACCUCUCUAGCUCGAGCUUGGGGUGGACCGCUUAUCCUGAAGAUUCCGAUACUCUCACUGCCGUUCUAGAAUUAUUUUGUUUAUCCUCCGCCUCCCUGCACCGCUACCUCGUUGAUCGCUCAACACACAGCAUGUCCUUCAAGGUCCCCUACGAUUCAAGCCCCCCGUCGACCCCCGGGAAAGGCCGCAGCUUUCUCAGCAAUGUCUCCAUGACUCCCGGAGGUGCUCCGCCGUCCGAAGCCAACUCCUUCACUCCUCAAGGCCCGCCACCAUCCACCGUUUACGGAAGCUCCCAGAUGAGCUCUCGAUCGCAGUUUGACUCCCCCCAGGCCCUGUUCACGAAGUCGGGCAACAUAAAUCCAAACGAUAGCAUCUUUGGGUCCUCGAUCGCCUCCAACGAUUAUCCGGUGUCGCGGGGGAGAAAAGAAGCGCCGGCUACCAGAUCUUUCGCCGCAUCCUCGGUCUUCAGUGUGGGGAGCAGUCGCUUCGGUGAAUCGUUCAACUCGAGGGCAUCCAAUGAGUUUGGUUCGUCACAAAUGGACCAAGGCCCUGGCUCUGAUGCCGAGGACAUGCUUCCCGAGGACGAAAGCGAGGAAGAGAGAAUCGACAAGAACAAGGGAAUAGGACAAGCACCGAAAGCAAACAACCCCUUCAGCUUCCUGGACUCCCAAUUUGACAAGCCCGUGUUUCCGCCGCCGUCGAAACCAGCCGAGCAACGAAAGCCACUAUACUCCAAUCCAGACAAUGCCAAGCGCGCGAAGCUUGACGACAAAUGGGCGACACAGUCUCCGCUGCGCAAAACGAAGCUAUCGCCUAAGAAGGACUCCGCGAUGCCGUCGAUUGUGCGCAAUUUCGCGUCCCGCGCGCGCGUCACAUCAGUUGAGGAGUCCAGCAGUCUCAUCAUCGAAACGGAAGACGAAAUCUGCAACAUGUAUGACGCUGCGAAACAGGCCGGAUUUCGGGAGUCGGAAGUCAACGCCACCUUUUCGGAUACGUGCACUCGGCUUGUCGAUAUAUGGAAGACGCACGCAGGAUGGAAUAACCCACAAGGAUUGGGUAUCGGUCCGGGCGACCGUGCCUCCAAUGCCGCCAAGGCAGGCUUCUUAGGAUCGCUGUUGAUUCAGUUGCAUCACCGUCCUUUGGUUCACGCGAGGACCGGGGGAUUCGCCGGCCCUCUGGGCUUCCCGGCUCCGCGCACCCUUGUGCCCGCUGGCUUCCGGUCAGACUUUCUCACACCCAUGCCCAAGGUCCUCCUAGACUGGCUCAAUCUCAACCACGCCCAGCAAACAACCGAUCUGCGCACGCUGAAGGAGGUUGAACCCAACCCUACGUCAUCGCCAAAUUUCUGGGAGAAUAUAAACGCCGCCGUUCUACGUGGACAUCUCUCACAGGCGGCCGAGGUCUUGCGAUCCGCUGAUUUCAACUACGCCCGGUCUGCGUUGGAGGAUGGCCUGCCGCAGCCCGGCUACAAGGGCGCUCAGCUGCAGAACAUUCAGAAGUGCAUCAAUCGCGCUCUUCAGGUUCUGACCUCGUGCCCGAGUAUUCGUGAUGACUGGGAUGUCCGUGGCGCGGAGUGGGGUCUGUAUAGGAAGCGUGUGGUUGCGGCGGUUGCUGAUCUGGAGGAAUUCGCUGAAGGGAAUGAGCAGCCGGAACCUGAACCUCCGGUUCUGGGCAAUCGGUUCCAGGCAGCCAAUUUCGGGCUGAAGCCGAGCCCCAACACGCAGAACUUCUCGUUCACCCAGUCCUCGCGGAUGGCGGAAAGCCGAGUUCCCUGGGCCAUCUAUCAGGCCCUCAGAUCGCUGUACCGCAUUCUGCUUGGCGAUACUGGGGCUAUCAUGCGUCACUCGCAGGAUUGGAUUGAGGCCACUGUCGCUUUGACAGUCUGGUGGGAUGGCGAGGACGAUGAAGACGCUCCUGUGCAACAAACUGGGAUCAGCUCAAACCAGUUCCUGCGUCCUCAGCUGGCGAAGACCCAGACUCCCGUCGGCAAUAACCCCCCGGGCACCUACCUUCGCCGCUUGGAAUUGGCUUUGAGUAGCGCAACCAACCAGGAGAAGGACAAUGCCGGCUUCCGCAUCAACUCCCUGAGCAGUCUGGAGGUGGGUCUGGCUUCUGUCUUCGAAGGAGACGUCGGUGGUGUGAUCGAGCUGCUCCAGACCUGGUCACUCUGCAUCGCGUCUGCUGUGGGCGAGGUCGCGGCCGCCGGCGGCUGGUUGGACACGGCAACGGGCAAGAAGCCGCUAUCAGGUCUCAGCGAGAACGACUUGAUGGUUCUGUCAUAUGGACAAGACGACAGUGCAUCGUCGCGCAAUGUGAACAAGGACGAUCUACUGAGUGAUUAUGCGUCGGGUCUGUUUGAGCGGCCUCGUAUUGAGAACGAGUCCGGUUCUCGUACUGGCUGGGAACUCGCGCUGGAGGUCAUGAGCCGUUUGGACGAUAAGGACAAGAUGCAAAAGAAGGUGUCAGAAAUGGUCGACACGCUUCCUCUCAACGACGCCGUUGAAAUGGACCGGGUGGUGUUGCUGUGCUCCGAGUUGGGCUUGCAUCAGGAGGGACGCAGGGUUUCUGAGGUAUGUUCGUCGCCAACCUUUACCGAGUCUUCGCUAAUAAGAAAUACUUCUGCAGCGUUACGGAGAUCUUACGGUCGACGAGGGCGAGGAAUACGGUCUUGCCUUGAUGUGCUACGCUCGUGCCCAUAACCGACACAAGGUCAAGUCUGUUGUGGAUCUUCUCAUUUCAUACAGUCUGGUGCAAUCGCGCGCAUAUCCCGCGACCGCUAACCUGGACACGCAACUUGCUACCCUGGUGAAAGAGCCCAAGACCUGCCUUUCUUCUAUUGCGUCCAUCGACGAAGAGGCUGCCAAUAUCAUCCAGUUCUACUUCAGUGGAUACGCGACCCUCCGACGAUUCUACGAAACUCGCGACGAAGCCAUUGGUCUCACCGAAGGACCGCCGCGAUUCAAGCCUCUUGCAAGACGGCGAGCCGCGGCAAAGGCCUUGGUUGCGGUCAUCAGCAGUGCUGCGGACAGUAUCUACGGCGGACUUUUCGAUCCCGAACGUGACUCCGCGAUUCAGGUGGAUGGGCUGUUGGUGCUUUUGGGCGAAGCCCUUGCCUUUAUCGAUCAACCCACCCCUAUGUUUACCGUAGACCAGCAAUUCGCCAUUCUGUCUGCAAUCGAGGAUCUUGAAACCGUCACACCACGUGUCUAUCGACAGUGCGCAGAAUGCUUCCGCGCCACGCUGCUGCAGUACCAGUCGCAGAACUCUGGCGACCAGUCACCAGCGGAGGCUUUCGUUCUGCCUCCUUCGCGCGAACUUCUGAAAAAGUCCGUGACUUCGCUCGCACCCCCAAGCACCUUCUCGUUCCUCGGAACCGACAUGGUUGGAACUGCCCGGAAUCGGUCGAUGUCCGGCUCCGGCGCCAGCUCCGGCGUGUUGAUCGCUCGCCCUGGAGAUGGAGCUGGUUCCCCCGAGCGAGGUUGGGACUGGCGUGCCUCUUUACCCGAGGACGUGAAAGGAGAGGAUGUACUUCUUAAGCUACGGUUGGGAUUAGCGCGGGGAUUGAGUGCGGGAGCUCUCGGGUCUGUUUGAUAGGAAGGCGCAAAAGUCUGCAUUAGCAUUGUAUGUUAUGUAUGAUCGAAAAUUCUGUUUUCAUCUGUCGUUAAAGCUCUGAGAUAGGAGCGCAUAAACUUAAUUCACAUUCAAGGAUGUCUGCAGCGGCGGUCAUACCGUCAUAAGCUUCAGCCCGUAAGCAGGAUGGAGCACGACAGAGUAGUUAUCGAAGGAUUUCGGGCGUCAAGAGCGGCUGCCAUUUCGGUUCGAGAGCAUUAGAGCGUUGCCUAUCCCAAGCGAGUGUAGACGCAGACCCCUCUGUCGGAUGAAUCGGUCCAGAAUUCGUUUCUUUGAAUUGAAGUCUUGGCGCAGCAGCGGGCCGUCCACAGUCCCCAGUUCAGGGCGCAAUUGCUCCUACUGGAAAUAUCUGGGAGGUAUACAGGUCCACACAAUUUGGCUCACAGAACUGAAUUGACAGGAUGGCAAGAUAUCGGACUUCAGCCUUGCACUGAUCCCAAUUACAUACUCAUAGGAUUUGUCGAGCAGAUGCGCAUCUUCUGUGCGAAAGACUUUCAGAGUCCGUACUCUGUACACGGUGUAGUCCACAGCAUGAAACAGGGAACCAAAACGAGCUAAAGCACAAUUCAUUUCGAUUGUCACCAUCAAACUUUCCAGUGGCCCCAAGGCCCAGUUCCAUCUCCCACGUGGGUCCAGGGCAAUGAGGAUGUCCGUUGAAUCGUUGUCCUCCUACUCCUAGUCCCGCAGGGUAGUCGGCCGUGCUAUUUUGAGAAAAGCUCGGUCGGUCCAUCCUUGGAAAGUGGGCAGCAGCCAGCAAAUCAAGAUCCCUCGAGGUCAGCCAGAACAACGGCUCGUACCGUCCUUCACCGUCGACCGCGCACGACUUGUCGGUUGUGGAAAAGGUGCA